AUGAAAAACGUAACUUUCCCAGCAAAUGAGAAUGUUUUAAAGUCGCUUCAAUUGGCUAUUCAAUCCUAUUCAAAUUAUUUGUCUUCUUAUAUUGAUGCUUUGAACAAAUACAUCAGUCAUCAGCGCCGGGUUUCAACGCUGAGGUUUGAAAGAGCCACUUUGAUCAAAUACGUUAAGAAAUUGAGGUUCUUCAACGAAGAAUUGAUGAGCAUGGAUAUGGUUCAGCAAUAUAGGGGUGGCAACUUAAUAAAAACUGCUGUCUGCUCUCUCGCAUCCUUCUUUAUCCGCUGUCUCGAGGUGAUGGAUCUUUUAAACUACUACCUCACUCAGUCAUUGAAAAACGAAACUAUCUCGAAAACCCUCAAUCGUGAUUUAGUGGUCAGCGAAGAUUGCGUCGUCUUUCUAGAAAGUACUUACCGUCACUACGUAAAGUUCACGCAGUGGAUGCUCGAGGCAUUGGACAUCCACGAUGCCACGUUGACUGUUGAGGUGUUACAAUUUGCCAGGAAAUGCGCAAAGGAAGACGGUCUUGAUUUGGAGGAAACAGAUGAUAUUUUGCUGCAGGAAGUUGGCGUAGUCUCUAGUGCAUCAGAGUACCAAGAAUUGCUCGACGAAUGGUGUCUCGUACUUUCCGAACAGUAUAUGGGCCUGACGAAGGCGUUCGAGGCUGAAACAACGCGCUGGAGCGAAAUCUUUGAGGGGCGUAAAUAA